GAUCCACUGAACAGCAGCAUUUUUGGUUUAUGUUGCUGAAUUGGUUACAUGCAGCAGCACUCAGUAAAUUGGGAUUCGACUACACAAAUUAUAUGCAAGUGUUUGUGGUGUGUGAUCAGGUUGAGGUAGGCAGGCAGGCAGUGUGGCAGACAAAUGUAUGGUGGGAGUAGGCAAACAUGGAUUAGGACAGGGAAAAAUAUAUCUGAAUGACAUCACCUUUGAGUAUUGGUAUAAUUUAAGGAAUUAUUUUUUUUGAGAUGCAAUCGUGUGAAUACUCGAGAUGAUGUUUGAUGGUGGUCCGGGUGGAGGUCAUUUCUACGAUCGACAUAGACUUCAGAAAUGAAGUCAUCCUAUCUACAAAGGCCGGGGCAAAAGAGUGAUAGAGACAGCAGUGAGGGGCAUUCCUGGAAAUUCACAGCCGGUCCCCACGCAGUCAUCGCUGUUCUUACAAUGGGACAAAACCCCAACUGUGAGCCGGCCGGGAGAGAAAGACACAAUCCUACGCAGCAAUUUCCGUGGGCGGCCAAUUCGACGACUGCCAGACAGCAAGGAUAAAGGAUUGUAGCCAGCCUGCGUUUCUACUGUGUUUUCCGGACAACAAAAAAGAAAAAAAAAAAAACAGACAAGAUGGUGGAAACGACGACGAACCACGCCCAAUUGCCUCCCCCGCCGCCGCCUCCCUCGGUUGCGCCGCCGCUCGGCGCUGCCAGAGGCCCGCUUUACCCACCGGCGGAGCAGCUGCUCCACCUACAAUAUUGUAUCCAUUCCAACCCUUCUUGGGCACAAACUUUACUUCUUGGCUUUCAACACUACAUUGUCAUGCUCGGAACAACUGUUAUGGUUGCGACAUUACUAGUGCCUCGGAUGGGUGGUAGUCCGGGGGAUAAAGCGCGCGUGAUCCAAACUUUGCUGUUUACGUCGGGGUUGAACACCCUGUUGCAGACGUGGUUCGGUACGCGCCUGCCAACUGUCAUGGGGCCGUCCUUUGCGUAUAUCAUAACUGUUAUGGGAGUCGUCAAUGAUCUAUCUGAUGACGAUUCUAUAGAUGAUCAUGCGAGAUUCUCUCAUACAAUCAGAGCCGUUCAAGGAUCGCUGAUCGUAUCUUCAUUUAUAAACAUCAUACUUGGAUACAGCAAAACAUGGGGAAAGCUUGCAAAGUUCUUGAGCCCUGUAGUUUUAGUUCCAGUUGUCUGUGUAGUUGGUCUUGGCUUGUAUUCCCGAGGCUUCCCGCAGCUUGCGAACUGUGUGGAAAUUGGCUUGCCGAUGCUGAUUCUGCUGAUUGUCACUCAACAAUACUUGCAACAUGUCCAUCCUCUUUCCCGGAACAUCCUGGAGAGGUUCGCUUUGCUUGGGUGUGUCGCCCUUGUCUGGUCUUUCGCCGCCAUUCUUACAGUUUCCGGUGCUUACAAAAAUGCCAAGCAGCAGACCCAAUCAAGCUGCCGUACAGAUCGAUCCUUUCUCAUUUCAUCUGCUCCAUGGGUGAGGAUUCCGUAUCCUUUUCAAUGGGGCACCCCGGUAUUUAGAGCAAGUCAUGUGUUUGGAGCAAUGGGCGCGGCACUUGUUUCUUCUGCUGAGUCAACUGCUACAUUUUACGCCGCGGCACGGCUUGCCGGUGCUACUUCUCCGCCGGGGUUCGUGCUGACCAGGAGCAUCGGGUUGCAGGGAAUAGGCCAGCUGAUCGAAGGUUUGUUUGGCGCUAUCGUUGGAAGCACCGCAUCGGUUGAAAAUGUCGGCCUCCUUGGAUUAACUCGUGUUGGUAGCCGUAGAGUGGUUCAAAUAUCUUCGGUCUUCAUGAUCUUCUUCUCCAUUUUCGGAAAAUUCGGAGCCUUAUUCGCUUCGAUUCCUCUGCCUAUAUUCGCUGCCAUAUACUGUCUCCUAUAUGGUGUAGUCGCUGCCGUCGGGAUAACGUUCAUGCAAUUUACAAACAGCAACUCCAUGCGAAACAUCUAUGUAUUAGGCGUCUCGAUUUUCCUUGGCAUAUCGAUACCCCAAUAUUUCCUCAUGGAGACAGAUGCUUUCGGACAUGGACCUGUCAGGACAAACGCCGGAUGGUUCAACGAUAUAUUGAAUACCGUAUUUUCUUCGCCGGCGAGCGUGGCGCUGAUCGUUGGAGCACUUGUGGACAACACGCUCGAAGCUCGGCACACAGUGGACGAUCGCGGGGUUCCAUGGCUGUUGCCGUUCCAUCACAGGCAUGGCGAUAGCAGAAACGACGAAUUCUACAGCUACCCGCUGCGCAUAGACGAGUAUAUUCCUUCUCGAAUUCCCUGGAUCAAGAAAUGAUCGAAUGCUCAAUAGCUAGCCGGAUGACGACCUUUGGCGCCCAAAAUAUAAGAACAACAAAAAUUUAGACAUUGAUCGGUAACUUUUGUUUUGCUGAACAUAGAUAGCAAUCAUCGUCGUCAUCAUCAUCAUCACCACCUUUGUGUCAUCGAUUCAACAAUUUUUGUAAGCCAUCGGUCGGAUAGCUGAUUUUAUUAUUAUGAGACUUAUGGGCUCCGAAUGAGGUCUAAAAUUGGUUUCUUUUCUUCUUUC